AUGGCGUACAAGGGCUCGCAGAAGAUCCAGAAGGUGAUGGUGCAGCCGAUUAACCUGAUCUUCCGGUACCUGCAGAACAGGGCCCGCAUUCAGGUGUGGCUGACGGAGAACAUCACCACCAGAAUAGAGGGCCAUAUCAUCGGUUUCGAUGAGUACAUGAAUCUGGUGUUAGACGACGCCCACGAAGUGCACCUCAAGACACAGGUCCGCAAACCCGUC